UUUAAUUUUCUCUCCUUAGUAACGGCUUGACAUUUAGGUUUUGCUUGUAAACAAAAGCUGUCAAACCUGUAUGAUUUUGCGGUAUGGAAAUAUAUACGCAAUUUAAACAAAAUGGGUAUUUCACAGCGGAUCUCUAUCAUUUAUUGUUUAAUAAGAAGAUUGUGGACACCGAGCAAGUGAUAAUCCCAUCCGAAUAUGAAGAGGAAAUGAAUCUCAGUACCCAAGAACGAUUGCGAACCCUUCACAAAGUAGAAGUGGACAACAUAGUCAGCGUGGGUGCUAAACACAACCCAGCCAGUGUGAUCUUAGAGUUCACGCCGAAGCUUCUCGUAUUUCAGAACUUUAAACCAAAUGAGAAAAUCACUGCGAAGUUUUCCGUUAAGAAUAUUAGCACGGCAUCCACACACCUGAUCAUGAUAUACAAGGAGUCUUCAUUGAUGUCCGUGAAGCUGGCUGGCGGGAAGCUGCUGUCGCGGCUGGCGCCCGGCAUCAGCGUCACCUUCAAUGUCGUCUUCCGACCCGACACGCUCACGGACUUUGCGCACAAGGUCACAUUUAGCACCGAUAAGGACCAGUAUGUGUUGCCUAUUUUUGCUAUGGGUCCUAGGCCUUGGUUUGACUUCCCUGAUGAGAUUAUCAUACCAGCAGCGCCGUUAAAAGUCGAAAAUCAUGUCAAUGUGUUAGUGCAAAAUAUUGGUUUAACGUCGGCUGGCUUCAAGUUGGACACUAAAUGUCCAUUUUCAACUCAACCGAAAUCAGUCUAUUUGAACCCAAACGAAAAAGUUGAAAUAAAAGCAAUUGUUAAAACAAUGCGCCAAGGACACAUAGAAGGCUCGCUAUUCGCAUUGUUUGAAACAGGCGAAAUAUUUAAAAUAAGACUUAUCGGAUCAACAUUUCUGGUGAGCGUUCAGCUUGAGAAACAGGUGGUCAGGUUUCUGGAAACGUACAAGACGAUGGUGCGCCAGCAAACCUUCAAGAUUACCAACACAUCGGAACACCUUCUCACCUACAUGUGUAUGAAAAAUGAAGAUGUCAUACACGAUUUCGACGAGAAAUUGAAACUAGCACAUGUACUUUACGAAUUUAAAAGUAGCGAAUUAGCGAAGUGCCAAAAACUGGUAUACUACGAUGUUCUAAACAGUGACGAACACGCCCGCGUGUAUACUCGGAUAUUCUUUGACCAGAUACAUUCUCUCGUAGCCGAUGAAUCAUUACAUUUCCAGGACACCCAUUUUUCUAUUACACCCACUGAAGGAAAACUAUGGCCAAAUAAAUCGACAGAACUGACGAUAACCUUCAACCCUCAAGAAAUAGGAGAGUUUAAAGCCGUGGCCUAUUUGGACAUAGACGGCGCACCAGACCGCAUGCCGCUUACUAUGGUCGGGACGUCUCUGCCUCCGGAAAUUGUUCUCAAUUUGGAAACCUUGGAUAUGGACCGUGUUUAUAUAAAUAAGAAGUACAAUUUGGAAAUACUGGCGAUGAAUAAAGGUCACAUAAACGGUGUGGUAGUAUACCAGGACACGCCGACACUGUUCGGCAGCCGCGUGACGUGCUCGCCCGCCCUGCGCUGCCUGCGUCCCGGCGAGCGGGCCAUCUUCGUCGUCUCCUUCUGCAACUCCAACCAGGGACCGUACUUUGAGGAAGUCAACUUCCUCAUACGCGACACUGAGGUGGUGUUGAAAUUAUAUUUGAAGGGAGAAGUGAUAUACCCUUCGGUAAGGUUUAGUAUACCAAGUUUGGACUUUGGGACUGUCAGCCUUGGAGUACCGACAACCUUAGAAUUUGAUGUUAUUAAUGACUCAAUUGUGGAUGUGAGUGCAUCAGUAAAAAUUUCAUCUGAUGGUCCGGAAGUGAGCAGUAUCAUAUUGGUUGACUACGCUUUGGCGGAAUUGCCAAAGCCGGAAAUUCCUCAUUGGCCGAGAGAAUUUGACAUACAACCAGCAAAAAUCAAUUUGGGGCCUGAAUCCAGAUUAUCUCUGAGAGUCACGUUAACUCCAAAUUUGAUACGAGCAAAUCAGACAUCUCUCGAAUUGGAGCUAGAGAAAUCGGACAGUCCUCCAAUUAUUUUACCAGUGACUUUCGACGCGAGAGUUCCCGAGAUCACUCCCGCUCCAGACAUAAACCAGCGAGCAUGUUUCUUAGAUUUUCCUUAUCAAUAUGAAAUACAAGUUCAAGCGAAUGAGAUAAAAGGAUACUACACUCUUAUAGAACAGGAAGAAGAGACGACGUUACAGGUAAUAGUCGGUAAUAAAGAAGGAUUUAUAGAGCCUCACAGUAUUAUUACCUUUCCAGUUACUUUAAGAACAUGCGCUCUUGGUGUUCAAGAGUAUAUGAUCAGGAUACAUCUGUUCGGAAUGUCAAAGCCCGUGGACAUAUGCCACGUGAUAGAGUGUGGAAUCCGGCCGAUCGUCACCUGCACUCCUCUGGCUCUGCACUGGGGCCAGGUGAAGUUGCUCAGCAGAACGCGGAAGACCGUAACUCUGAAUAAUGAUUCGCCGGUCGUCGUACAUUUCAGAGCCUCGGUGUUAAACCGUGACGGCAGAUGGCAGAUCCAGCCCAGCGAGGGACAUAUCGACCCCGAGAACGACACAGAAUUAUGUCUUACGCUCUAUCUGGUCGAUGCUGAGACGUAUGUCAACAAGGCUGUGAUUCAGUUAGAAAGAGUUAAGGACAUUUUUAUCCCCCUGUCAGCCACCGGAGUGGGAACAAGCAUUGUAGUUGGUGAUCUACGAGAUCGAGUACUUCUUGGGCGAAAUUUUACGAAUGUUCCACUCGAUUUUAAGGUAGACAUGGAAAAUAAAGGAACGCGCAUGCAUGCUUUAGAAUGGAGCGAAUAUUACAAAGCACCCAAGACGCAACCGCGAACUGCUGGAUUCUUUGAUCUGGAACCCCGAGUUUUCAAAAUGGCUGCUGGAGAAAAAAUGGAAUUGACAAUAACAGGCGUUUCUCGUAAAGUAACGACUGUUAAGGAAAUGUGGUACUUAGUAGGUAGCGUGGAGGGCGUAAAUAAAAAGGAACUUUUAUUGGAGUGUGAAAUUAUUGCCGAAUUUGUGGAUCCAAAAAUAGAGGUGUCGACAUCACUCUUAGAGUUACGAUAUGAUUUUGGACCAUACAGCGAGUACUAUAAAUUAACUGACAUAGUAACAAUUAAAAAUGUGUCUAAAUUAGUUUUGGAUAUGGAUAUAAAUGUUAAACAUCCCUUCGCAAUUAUCAAAAAGAAGAGUACGUAUAAGGUUGCGAAGGAGGAGGAAAACACGUGUGCCUGCAUCUGUUAUCGAGAGAGUGAUUUAGAUGUAGCCAAUAUCCUCAAAGUUGGAGCCAAGCAAUCAAAAAUAUUCAUAGACUAUUUAACAACAAAACCAGUAGAACCAUUAAGAAAGGGCCCGCUCAACUUCUUUCAAGAUAUAAAUAAAAUUAAAAUGGCAUUUAAUUUAACCCAAAAUGUUGAAGAGCGUCUAGAAGAUCAAGAAGUUAUGAAGUUACACAUUUUGUUUGAUACUACAAAACACAUGAAUUUGAAAUCUAGAAUUUAUAGUGAUACCAUGAGAAUUCAAUUCAAAGGGCAUAAAAAUAAGGAUGCUGUUAAAAUAAUUGGAAGAAUAAAUUUUCCUAAUAUAUUAGUUACCUCGCCACGGAUAGACUUUCAAUGUGUUGUAAAUAGCAGCAUCGAGAGCAAAAUAAUACAACUUCAAAACCUUACACCGCUGCUAGUAUGCUUCAGAUUUCAAUGGAAAAAGUGUGUCAUUAGUACUAAUGUCAUGCCUGAAAUACCUGAAGAGCAGUUACCGUGUAAAAAUGGCGAUAUCAAUACUUCAUCAUAUUAUUAUGAGACAGAUACGGGGUUUACAAAACCAGGAGGUUCGUAAUAGUUGUUUUAAACUGUACAUGUAGUAUUUUGCACGACCUUAGUAAUCCAAAUUUUUUUUAUAGAUAAACUUAUAGAGAUCAUGGGUGCCGGAUAUCGCGCUCCAUUGCACUCUACAAAUAGUCCAAAUGAAACAUUGGAAAAAAACGACCAAAAAUCAUCUGCUUUAACAUCAAACAUUCAGGCCAGUGAGGCAAGUGCUGUUAUUCCUGUACCCGGAGAUGUGAAUAUAACUAGCACCAAAAUAAUUCGAAAAAUCGCUCCAAUGAUACCUUUUCAAUACAACAUGAAUUUUCCUUGGAUUUGGAAAUUCCGUAAAUUAGAUCAUGGCAAUAAAAUAGACACAAACCGAUUGCUAAGAGUCACGCCAUUUAAAGGACUCAUGAAACCCAAUGAUUGUCAAAAUAUUCACAUCACAUUUAUUCCAAGUUGGAAUGUAAACGUCAAAGCUGUGCUGGAAUGCGAAGUGUUAGGAGGACCAUCGGAGUUUAUUAGUGUGACAGGCCAAGCUUCAGAGUUAAAAUACAAUAUCAAUAGUAAUAAGUUGAAUUUCAAAAUCCGAUCUUUCCAUGAAAAUCAAACUGAGUUAUUGAUUUUAACUAAUACUGCACGAUUGGGUUUUGAAUAUAAGACGUAUUUGAAUGAACCAACGUUCGAGACUGAGCUCAACGGUACAAUACUAGAUUUGUUGCCUUCAGAAAGCACUUUACAGUCCGAGGAGAAGAAAGAGAUAAACGUUGUGGUUCGACCUGGUGUGCUAGGUUACUUUCACAGCGUGUUUUUGUUGGAGGUAGGGUAUCUACCACACAUCCCCAUUGAAGUGUUUGGCUGGGGGGUAAUUCCUCAGGUGUAUCUUUCAUUACCGAGGCCAGACAUUGUGAAUCUACAACCUGAAACAGGUUAUUUGGCCAUCCCAACUUUGACUGAGGAAUACUUAGGUGCUGUAAGCGAAAUAUUCCGUCUCGCCACUAAAGAUCGCGUAAAUACAUCACCUAUGACGGACGGCUGUUUUAACGAUCCUAAUUUGCAACAGGAUUGGCACAUUUGCUCAGAUUGGGAUGGUUAUCCUUCGAAUAUGGAUAUUGACUUAGCAGUUGAGAGAAUGCUGGUGAUCGAGCACAUUAAAUUGCGCCCAGAAAUAUUAGUGGCAUAUUCCACAAAAACAAAGAUAGGUCCUAUUCCUGGAUUUCUAACAACACCGUACCUCGUCGAUUUCGGAGUUGUUAUUACGGGUAGCACGGUUCAAUGCGUAGUAGAAGUAAUCAACUACGGCCCGAUAGACACGAAGCUGCAUUUAGCCAAACCGGUAGACUUGCCAAGUUGGCUGGGGUUGAAGUUGUGCGGCAAGUUGAACCCGGGCGACAGUGGUAAAAUGGAAGUCACUUUCUCACCCACCUUAGAAGAUUUCGAUGAAUUGGAACAAGAUGUUGAAAAUACUUUCAAAAUAGAGGUACUUUAUGGAAUCACAAUUCCCGUUAAAGUUAAAGCACUUUGUGCUGUCCCUUACUUGGCAUCAAACGUCGAGGCUAUAGACUUUGGGUCAGUAAGAUGUGGUGACAAAAUAAUUAACACAAUAUCUUUAAAGAAUGUGGGCAAACCAACAUGUAUCUGGUACGUCACAUUGAAACUUAAAGUUCAAGGACAUAAUCCUAUGACGGUGCUGGAUAAUUCUGGAAAAUUUGGACCCGGUGAGGGUGGAUGGCUCAGCAUAGCUUUUAAACCAGUCACGGAAAUGGUAUAUGAAGGCAUGUUAUUAUUUCGGUUCCACAUGAAUCCCAGGAAAAUGGCAAUACCAGUAAGAGGGGUUGGCAUAAUACCUCAAGUCCAUGUGAUCGGAGGCAAGGUUGCUUUCCCUCCAACGCUGCCGUGGGCAGCAACAACUGACAACUACUUCGGCCUGACUAACCCCUGCCCGUUUCCUAUAGAACUUAUAUUCGCACAUAGUGAUCAAAUCUGGACUACAGAGGAAGAAAUGUAUCAAUUGUUAUAUAGAUACUACAACAAACCGGAAGAAAUGCUUGUUCCUGCAAUAACGCCUGGCGCUGGCAUGCACAACGAAAUAAUUGACUUCUAUAGUCAAUUUAAAGAACGCGUUAAGAAUCAAAUGGAGGCGGAAGCAAUUGCUAGAGGAAAAACAGCAUCUGCUGCGACUAAGAAGCCCCCUAAAACGCCCAAAACGCCCAAAACAGGAAAACAAAAUACGAGUAUAUCGCCCAAACAGGUCACAGAAAUUGUACAAAGAAAAUUUAGAUCUGAAAUCGAAAUUAUAGCAGACGAAAUAAAAGCAUUAAAAGAUAACGGCAGAGAUCCACUAAAAGAAUGCUUGGAAGCAUUUGAUCACAGUCCCAGUAACGAAAACGAAGUACGAUCCAAAGGACUCAUUGUUUUUGUUCAUGGCUCUCCGGGUGAAGAAUUACAAUCACAAGAAAUUGCAUACACGAUUGGUAUGAGAUUAGGCAUACCGACAGUUAACAUUGACAUGUGUAUGGUAGAAGCAUUAUGCUGUCUUGAUACUGAAGCCAAAAUAAUAAUUAAAAGUGCUAUGGACGAAGCAUUCGAUAUAUAUACAAGAAGUAGUACGAAAGACGAUGAAAUACAAAACGAACAAGCAGACAUAGGUGGUGAAACGGAAGAUGAAUUUGAAAUGAUGUUAACAAAGUUUCGAGCCUUAACGAACAGUAAAAACAUGACUACACCUCGGUCAAAAGCUGUUGAUAAAAAAAAGAAAGAGGGCAAUGUAGCGGAAGCAAUGGGAUCUUCGACGAUGUUUCAACUGGACUUAACACUAGAGCUACUGGCAGACUUCUUUGCUCUGCCGAAAUUCAAUCGAGGGUUUGUCGUAGACUCAUUAAAGAGUUUUACAUUCAACCAGCCAGCGAUAGCGCUUACAACAGUUAUUAAAAGCAAGCACUGCAUACAGAACAUACACUUGAUACUAUGUCAAUCAGAAUUUAGCAAUUGGGCGCAAGCAUAUGAAGAAACUCAACAUGAAAAUGAAUUGUUAGAUGAACCAGUGGAGAAAGUAUAUGGGGAGGCGGAGAUAGUCGAGAUCGUAAAAGAAAUUGAUGAAAUGGACGGCGAGGAUUAUGAAAGCUUAAAUCCGGAGUUUAGAUCUCUAUAUGUCACCCAUGGUUUGGAAACAAGAAGGAAAAAGUUUUUGGAGAAGACUGGGUAUAUCCUGAAAACGGUGAAAAAUAAAGAUACUACUCCUAAAAAUACGUGGUCGGCAGUUCUCGUAAAAAGUUCAACAGUUGAUCACAAAAAGACAAAAAAAGAUGAAAAGGGUGCGAAAAAUACAAGCGAAUACACGGAAAUGCUUAUGAAAUACAACGAGUAUUACAAAUUGACAUAUGAUAGUUUACUUACUAUUGCCAACAAUUGGUCAUUCGAAGAAGGUGCCGUUGGAUUCCCAUUGUACGGUUUAAACGGUCAUAUAUUGACUACAGUGCAGAAAAAAACAAAGUUGAAGUCCGAAACGCAUAUCACACAGUCUAUUACGGAUGAUAACGAAGUUCAAAGAGGAUUUCCAUUAACUCUGAUAAUGUGUCCCUGUCUACAUUACAAAGAAGCAUUGGUGAACAUGUUUAAAAAUAUGCCUGUAUUUCGUGAAGCAUUAAACGAUGGGGAUAGUGAUGACGAAGACAUUCUUCAAUGUUCGAUGAAAAGGAAAGAAUUUACAGUACUGCUACCAAAAACUAUGCCUUACAUUCAUCAUGAACUACCCCUAAAGUGGUGCUUUUUGGACGAAUUACCGGUCAAGAAAUGUGAAUGUAAUCAAAUUACUGACAUAAAUCUUUUGGAUGAUACGACUCAAGAUAAUGUUAUAAAUAUCUUGACAAAAUGGCACUGUAUGUGUGGUAAAAAGGUGACAUCAUCUUCGACUUCGACUAGUGCAGUUCCUGGUCCGUUUGAGACUCGUGAAAACUUAAGUAUGGAAAAAAGUGAAGAGUCAUACUACACUACCCCAUUGCCAUUGCAUAGCUUGAAUACUGUUCCAGCUUCCGAUAAACGCAUAGUAUUGGAGCCAGGUGACCUGGUGCGGUGCAAGUAUUCCUUCAGCCCACAAUGGGAAGGCCACUUCAGCGUGAAGCGGUUCGUGGAGGUCAGCGGGUGGCCGGAGUCGAGGGUUGAUAUUCACGUUACUGGCAUUUGCGACUUGCCGAGAAUAGACAGCAGACCCAAGAAAAUGUUUGCAAAUUUUGUUAGAAGAGCAAACUUUGAAGACAACGUGUAUAAAAUCACCUAUUUAGAUGACUUUGAUUUAUUUGAGUUCGGACCAAUUUUUGUUGGACAAAACAGAAUAUAUGAAGAAGCAUACACAAUUGAUUUAAAGAAUUCUUCAUUGAUCACUGCGGACAUUGUAAUUGAAUUUGCUGAACAGACCAACGUUUUCGAUCUGGACAAAACUUUUAUAAGUCUCGAACCCGGCUGCCGCGGAAAGCUGACGGUGACAGCAGCUCCGACGGAGGUGGGUGUUCAUCAAAGCGUGCUGCUCUUCUGUGUGAAGGACAACCCUGAGAUCGUUACCGUGCUCAUACAGUGCAGCGGCGUCGUGCCCAUCUUGGAAAUAUUGCCGUUGACUAAGAAUAUUGAUUACGGGAAGCUUUUAUUAUAUCGGCGAGAAGAUGAUAGAUUUAUUGUUAAAAAUGACUCAAUUUUGCCAAUAAUGUGGAAAGUGCGAAAUGCUGAAGAGUUUGCAGAAGACUUCAUAAUUUCUCACGCAUCAGGGAUCGUGCCCAGAUAUGACAACCAAGUGGUUCCAAUAACUUACAUCGCGUGUAGAGUCGGUGUCAUUUCACACAUGAUAUUGAUCAUAGACAUAUACGACGCCGAGGGACGCGGCAAUCCCAUGGUUGUUGACCAGUUGGAACUGUCGGCGGAAUGCUACGACGUCAUGGUCGAGUGCGCCUACGAGGACCCGGUCGACACCUGCCUCAACUACGGCAACGUCAAAGUUAACUCCACCUACUCUAAAAUGAUGUUUUUACUCAAUCGCGGCAAAUAUAACAUUUACUACAAGUUGAAGAAAGUAAAGAAUUUCCCACAGCCGUCUCUGCUAAAAUCCUUCGAGGUGGUCCAAGAAAGCGGGGUUAUCCCAGUGAAUAUGAAGUUAGUGGCCAUCGAGUUCACCUGCACACCCACCACUUCCAUGAACCUGGUGAACGUGCCGGUCUACACGUGCUCGCUGCUCGACGGCUCUAAUAAACAAGUCGUGGUUGCCAAGUUCCCUGUUUGCAUCACUCUUGCAUCUUUCUAUAAUACAUUUACUCUGUUUCCACUGGGCGAGCUCAAUUUCAAUAUUAUUCCUAUUGGCACUGCUAUUAUGAAGGACGUGAUAUUAAAUAACACUAGUAAAUGUCCAGUUACAUAUGAGAUUGUGCUGCCAGAGGAGUACCAAAUAAGUGCCGAUCUAACGGUGAAGGUAAAAGAUAACAAGCUUAAAAACCCUCCAAUGAAAUGCGGCAACUUUUUAAUAUUGAAUGAAGAUAACUUGAUUGCCCCUGGAACUAGUCGCACAAUUCAAAUACAGUUUUACGCCAGCGGGCCUGGGGUGUUUAAAGAAACCAUUCAUUUUAUAAUAAGCGAUACGUGCCCAGCUGAGGCUUGUGGAGUACCACUUAGACUUGUCGGCAUUGGAGCCAUGCCAACUUUAGAUUUUUGGAACACUGAAAACACGUUCCGUGAACAAUUAAUUCUGAAAAGCCUGUCGGAUUAUAAAGUACCCGAGACAUCGCCGCAUUGCGUUUUUGCGGAAAAUUCUGUGACUCUUCACUUUUUCUGUGUGAACGUGAAUACAACGUUCACGGGACAGAUCGACCUUUACAACAAUGGAUUGGUGGCCAGUGCACUUACCAUAAAGCUCAUCCACGAACAGAAUGCCGAGGAAGGCAUCUUCUCUUUAGAUAAAUAUGAGACGGUCAUAGAGCCUUUACAACACAAAUGUUUGCGCAUCAUGUUUAGUCCUAAAGCUUUAAAGGAGUAUCGUGCCAUUUUAGAAAUCAAGUUGAAUCUCCUUAACAACCAGCAACAGUCAUUUAGGGUGUGCCUGAUGGGAGAAGGCGUUAUCCCGCGUAUAAAAAUGAUUUGGCCUCCGACAAGACAGUACAAAUGCUCGCUACUCCAAAUUCCCGUCACUUGCCUGGGCUCCAUCAGCAGUCGCGAAAUUCGAUUUAAGAAUAUAUGUUCAGUAAAUAGCACUGUAAUCAUGAAAAUACUCCAGUCAACAAUCGAAGAGAGGAAUGUAUUUUGGUUGUCAGCGGCUGCCAUUUCGGAAAAGAAUGUUAUUAAAAGUCGCAAACAUAAUAACGACAUGAGUAUUAAGUUAAGAUUGAAACCCGGUGAAAGAGCAGGCGUUGUUGUUCAUUACAACCCCGUCAAGAGAGGGCGGACAAGUUGCGAAAUUCAAGUAACCAUUAUUGACAACCCUUACGAGUAUUUCACGGUGUUUUGUGAAGCUGAAGGAUUUAUGGAAGACGUAAUCUUGAUUGGACUUGAAAUGUUAUCAAUGGAUGUCGACUUGGGUGCAAUACAGACUACUACAGACACGGAGUCAACUGCCUCGACCCUCGAUAGCAAAAAGAGAGUUGGUAAGAAAACUAAAUCCAGUGAAUCGAAAAAAAUCAGGUCAUUUACCAGCACGGUGGCCAUCAGAAACGAGCCGGCUUCUCUAAAGUAUGUUUUAGACUUCGGAGGGUGUGAAUUGAAUUUCAUGCAAAAAAGAUCGGUCAUCAUGGUUAAUAACUCGGAUAAAGUUUACAAAUUUAAAUGGGAAGCAGCCCAAUACUUGUUUGUUAAACCAUCAGUAGGAUACAUUUCACCGGCAGAAGAAAAGGACUUGGAAAUUGUGUUUUUCUCGAGUCAACCUGUCGCAGUGAAAAAGGAACUUAUGCUUUGUAGUUUAUCGGCUGUCAGCGACAACUCCCUAACACUGGACACCAAGGGACCCACAUGGGACAGCAGGCAAACGGUCACCACGUUUGACCAUAAUUGUGAAACGUCUGUAGCUGAAAGAGCUGAGCGAGUUAUAAAUGCACAGGAUAUUGAAACUCCUCUGGCACCGAUGGGUACUGUUAAAAUGAUAAUAAUGUAUUCUGUUACGACACGAUAUACUAAAUAUACACACAAUUUGAAGGAGGAAGUUUUACUAAGAGAUACGUUUAUAUACCAGAAAAGACAAUUCGAUUUUAAAGUGACAAACAGUGGUCAAGUGCCGAUGAAAAUUGCGUGGAGUUUCCAAAUUGACGAAGAUUUCCCCACGACCAUCGACAAAAACUUAAAUAAAAAGAAAGGUGAGGACAAUAAGAACAGUGCGGUUAGUAAUGAAGCAGAUGCUUCUCAUACUAAAGACUCCAGCAAAGAGACUUUGUUUAGUGAAAGUUUGGAGAGAUGCAGUGUAGACACCUGGUUCGAAGUCAAUUUACCUUUCAAAAUAGAACCAGCCAAGGAAUGCCUCCAGCCCUCUGAAAGUGUAGUUUUCACAGUUACGUUUUCACCUCUUGAUGCUUUCGAGUACAAAGUUUUACUGAAAAGUUCUAUUGAUAAUUUAGAUCCAAAUGAUCAGAACAUAUUCUGCAAGAUCGUAGCAAAGUCCCUGGUGCCAUAUUUCCACCUGGAUAUAGAAGAAAGCGAUUACUUGACAACCAGAAGGAAAAAAGAGGCUGGAGUUGCUUUGCCGGAACACAUUACUGUUAUGGAAUUCAAUGUGCUGGGACCAGGCUGCUAUAAAAAGUCAUUCAAUGUUAUAAAUCCUACAAACCAAGGAUAUGAGUUCACAUUCCAAAUGGUGGUUGACAAGAUAGCGGUCAUACCUUUCCACUGCAAUACGAUGACAGGAUACGUGGAAGGCGGUACCUCUUGUGAGGUUACAUUUAUCUUCGCUCCCAGUUCUCUAGGGGUUUAUGAAUCUCUGUGGAAAUUUUCGAUAUUACAAUGCAAUGUAUCUAUCUACUUACUGUUGGUUGGCUUGGUCAGAGAACCCAGCGUAGUGUUCGUGCCCACCAUUUUAUUAGUAAGGAACUCGUUAGUUGGGUUUAGUGUCACUGACACUGUGAUGUUGACGAAUAAUGAGAAUGAAUCCCUAGAAUUCGAGUUUAAAGGUAACUCGUUGUUGAAUGAGUCCGGUAAAACACCCGUGAUUAUGGAGCCGGAGAGUGGAAUACUGAAGCCUCGUUCGGCGACGCCGAUCAAGUUUAUUUACACCCCGGUUGAUGAAGGGCCCUUGUCAUUCAAGAUAUUUUGUGCCAUCACUUAUAUGACAAAGUAUUUGACUUUGUGCGUCAAUGCUCUAAGUCUCUCAAUAAGACCAAAAGUUACAUACUUUUUAAUCGGAAACGAGCAUGUACUUGAUAGCAAAGCUAUUACAAAUAUACAUUUGGAUCAGACUGCCUCAACAUACACAAGAACGUUGACGUUUAUGAUAACGAACGAGGGUUCAUCGACGUUCUUCUACGAAUGGCGCUACAACAGCUCGGCGGUUAAAAAGUACCUGACAGUAACGGUUGAGCCGCGAUCGGGGCACGUGGCGCCCGCGAGUCAGGCGGAGUGUACCCUCAGCUUUACUCUCAAAACUGUGCCGGUGCAAGCCUUUCCUGUGUCCCUUCUUGUUGUGGACGGACCGGAGUACAGUAUACUCCUCCACUCAGAAAUAGAAAAACCAAUGUAUCAUUUCUCCUGCAAGGAUAUAGAUUUUGGAACAUGCAUUACAAACGCGCCGGACAACACGUACAAGAAAAUCGUGACUUUUGUGAACGAUGACAAAGUUCCUAUUCUCCUGGCCUUGGAUUUUGAAACUCUGCCUGAGCUCCUCGUGGCCUACAAAUCCGUGCCUGCAAUCGAGCCCAAAGAGAAGGUUAAAGUGAAAAUAUACUUUCGACCGAAGCUAGUGACCAAGUAUGAUUUCCAGAUAAAGUUUUGGGUCAAUUCGCUUUGCGAAGAAAUUAUUACUGUUAAAGGAGAAGGUGUAAAGUGCCUUUUUGAUUUAUACGAGGGCUGCGAAAAAAAUUUCGAACUGGGAUCAAUAAAAGUGGGCUCUAAGACAAUUCGUGAGAUAGCGGUCAUGAACCACAGCAAAUUGGCCCUAGACGCCACUUUUAUAUUCAAGGAGAUAUACCCCUUGUCAGAGAAAGAGGAAACGGUUCAGUCGGAUGCGACUAGCAUGUGUCUCGAUCCCGGUAUUGCUGGUCCGGCUAAGGACUCGGGACCUUCGAGAACUCAAAUGGUGAAAAUAUACAACGAUGACAAGUUCCGAAAUCAACUUGCAAUGGACGUUCCAAACGCACUAGCGUCGUUAAAGGUCAUGCCUAAAGAAUGCAAGUUGCUGCCUUACAGAAAAGUCCCUUUGAAGAUUCAAUUUAAACCUGUCGGCAUUAUUAGCAAUUUUAACGUACAGCUGGUCAUGAAGGUGCUAAACAUCGAGCGGAUGCUCGUGCAGUUGAGCGGCAGCGCCACCGGCUUGAGCCUGUGUCUCAGCCAAGACUCGCUGCAGUUCGGCCGCGUGCGCAUCCAGGGAUGCAAGAUACUGAAGGUCAUGCUGCUGAAUAAAGGGGACUUCGGGGCCAGAUUUUGGUGGCAACCCUUGAUGUCUGACGAGUUUAGAAUUUCGCCGAUGCAGGGCCACAUCGCGGCUCGCACUAAUGUGACCUUCACGAUUACCUACAGGCCAAAAAGCCACAAUCCGUUUGUCAAAUUAUGGGCGUGUUGCAACAUUGAGAAUUACAAGCCACAGAAGCUAGCCCUGUACGCCGCCUGCUUGGAAGCGGGCGACGUGGCGGCCAAGACCAUGUUCCUUGAGUGUCCGGUGCGGGAGGUCCAGACUAGCUACGAGCGGGUUACGAACCCUACUGACGGGACAUGGCUGGUGCUAUCCGAGUUGCCUCCCGGACCAUUCUCCACGUUAGCUCAGUGUAACAUCGAACCCAAUUCGGUUUUCGACAUCCCGAUCUAUUUCAAGCCGAAAACUAUGGGAAGGCACGAGAACAAAGUGUUAUUUACAAAUUUGGGCGAGGGCGCACUCUUUAUAAGUCUAUUUGGCAUAGCGAUGCCGCCGAAGCCAAACGGAUUAAUAAAAAUCAAUGUUGCGGCCAAGGACUUUCACACGGAGCUGUUGAAGGUUCAUCAUAUCACCGAGUCCCCAGAAUCAUAUGUAGUGUCGACGGAGGUAGAGAAGGUGAUCCCCGAGAAGUUCGACUCUUUCUACGAGAUAAAGCACCCAGAGACCGUAAAAGUGUGGGGCGAGACGUACGCCACGUGCCGGUGGGACUACAGGUGUUAUGGCGAGUGCGAGAUGCACAUGAAAGUGAUGUUCGUAAACAAGGACACACGCGAGUACCAGUUCUACGAGAUCGUAGCCACCGUCACCCCAAGCAAGAUCGUGGAGACGAUCACGAUAACGUCAAAGGCGCGCGAGACAGUCCAGCGGGAGAUAAUUGUGCCCAACCCGUUAGCCGUGACGGUUACCUUCUCCGUCCGCUGCGAGCAACUGGACUGUCCCAAAAGUAUUGAAAUAGGAAGAGAAUCACAGGCGCCACUCUUAAUGUCCUACUCGCCAUUGGUAGUUGGCGAAAGCGAGGAGUACUUGGAGAUUUCCAACCCUUUCGUCGGAACAUACACGUAUAAGAUGAUACUGAAGUGCUUGCCAGCCAAGGCGAAGGAGCUAGAGAUAGACACGCCGAUCGGCACGCGGGUCCCGAUGAGGCUUCGAGUACAGAACGGGAGUCACGUCAAAGCGGUCUUUAUAAGCGAAGUUACCCAUCCAUCAAUCACGGCUGACAAAGAGUAUUCCCUGGGCGCGCUCGAAAAGGGCAAGUUCAUCGUGUGGUUCGAGCCGAUCGAAGUUGGGCUUCAACAAUGCACGGUCUCGUUCAAUUCGACGGACGCCGGAGAAUUCGUGUAUCACAUAAAGGGAAAGGCAAACGUACCAAAGCCCCAGGGACCCAUUGAAGUUAAGGCGGGUGGUUUCACAACGAUAUGGUUUAAAAACGUAUUCAUGGACAACAGAACGUUCAGGAUAACAAUCGAUAAACAGGAAUUUUACGUUAAAAAUCCUGUCGAAAUGAUACAAUCUAAAAAGGAGAUGAAGUUGUUAGUGUACCUGAGCGAUAAGUGGGUGGGCGGCACGCCGACUGGCUGCCUGACCAUUGAGAGCCUCGAGCCGCCGGAGCCGCGCGCUCAGUGGACUUACUUCCUGCAAGGAAUCCCGUGACUUUUCUAUUAUUUAUUUACUUCCCUAUUGUUAUUCUUUAAUAAAUAAAUUUGUAUUCUGCA